AUGUCGUUCCCUUCAGCUUCCCCAGAGGAGCUGAAUCUCUUCCCCGUCAAUAAUAAUUCUUCAAAUGCUCCACUACCUACCAACCUGACCGCCACCUUUCCCCGCCACGCGGCUGCAGAACCCCCGAGCUCGACCUCUCGCAGCUGUGUUACCUGUCGCCGCAGGAAAGUCCGUUGCAACAAGAGAUCUCCGUGCUCGAAUUGUACCAAAGCCGGCAUAGAUUGCAUCUUUCCCCCUCCUGGUCGCGCACCACGGAAAUCGAAACGUCCACCGGACGCAGAGCUGCUUUCGCGGUUGCGUCGUUUGGAGGGUGUUAUUGAUCACCUCAGGGGCAGUGGCAAUACAGAAGGUGCAUCGACCUCAGCUCAGGCGCGGUCAUCUACGCCUGGAUCUUCGACCGGUCGGAGCGAACCGACUGUGCCAACGUCUGUGCCAACGUCUGUUUCGGCUGAGCCACAGAACCAGGCUGUUGGUGGAACUGUCUGUCCGUUCGAAGAAUCGGAUCCGACGAAACUUGCCCCCAAUAAGUUUGAGAACGAAUUUGGGCGGUUGGUCAUUGAUGAAGGCCGGAGCCGAUAUGUUAGUAAUCGGCUCUGGACUAGUCUAGGGGACGAGAUCGAGGAGCUUCAAGAUAUCCUUGAUCAUUCAUCGUCAGGAGAAGAUGAUACACCCUCACCGGAAUCUUCCCACUCGGGUUCACAUGACGGGUACAUUUUUGGAUUUUACUCGCUUUCAAAGUCUCUUCGAGAGUUUCAUCCCCCCACGUCUAAGGUCUCAAUACUAUGGGAAAAAUAUCGGGAAAAUGUGGCUCCUUUGAUCACCAUUGUACACCGACCGACUGCCAGAGACCUGUUCACCGAGGCAGCACGGCACCCAGAUGCUUUGGACAAAAAUUCAGAGGCACUGAUGUUUUCCAUGUAUCUUUCCAGCAUUGUCAGCAUGAAACCUGAUGAGUGCUUGUUCCAGUUCGGCGAAGACCGAACUACUGCCGUCAAGCGGUACAGGUUUGCUACAGAGCAAGCGCUGGCAAAAGCUGGGUUCUUGAAUACGCAAAGCUUGGUACUUCUGCAAGCCGCUGUUUUAUUCUUGGUCUGCGUGAGACGAGAAGAUGAUAGCAAGUUUGUGUGGUCUAUGACAUCAAUCGUAUUACGCCUUGCUCAGGGUCUAGGCUUACACCGGGAUGGCACCAAUUUCUCUCUGAAACCGUUCGAAACAGAGAUGCGGCGCCGAUUAUGGUGGCAUAUCUCGCUGUUGGAUGUCCGCUCAUCUGAAGACCAUGGAACGGACCCGCUCAUCAACGAGAGCAUGUACGAUACUCUACUCCCAUUAAAUAUCAAUGACGACGACCUGUCGCCCGACAUGGAAGAGCCUCCCAAAGAGCGAGAAGGCUGCACGGAUGCAACAUUCUGCCUCAUUCGCUGUGAGAUCACGAGUGCUUUGCGGAGAGCAAAUUACGCGUGUCCCAGGGCCCGGUUUCGUCCAUCUAACAGUUUACCGCCCAUAGAUCGUGCUGGACGGAUGAUUCAAAUCAUCAGUGAUCGAUGUGAACAACGGUAUAUCAGACACUGUGAUAUGAAUAUCCCCAUACAGUGGUGCUCCGCCACAGUUGGGCGCCUGAUCCUUGCCAAAUUAUGGUUGAUCGUCCAUCACCCAAUGACUCGAAGAGACCGUGGAAAUGUGUCGCAAGCAACCCGAGAAAGCUUGUUUCUGACUGCAAUUGAGGUCCUCGAGUUUGGCCACUUGCUUGAGACUGAUACCAAAACCGCCAAAUGGGGCUGGCUGUUCCGGACCAACAUGCAAUGGCAUGGAGUCGCAUUCGUUCUGUCUGAGAUAUGCGUCCGACCAAUCUGCCCUAUCACCGAUCGAGCCUGGAGCGCUGUCAGUUUGAUCUACACGGAAUGGGCCUCGCAGGCCACACAUAAGAAGGGCAUGCUGUGGCGGCCACUCGCCGCCUUGAUGAGAAGAGCUGCUGCCACCCGGUCGAAGCAACAGCAAGAAUUGAUAUCUAAUUUCGGACCAUUGCCCCCCACAACAGAGCCCAUCCCAAGAGUCUGUCCUAAUUCACUUCCCCGAAUUCAUAUGCCGACGGGGAUGCUGAAUUCGCCCUCGACAAACCGACCAGGCCCAACAGCACCUGUUAUGUCCGAAGACUACAAUAUUGACCUCAGCAAUGGUCCAAUGGGUGCUGUUCAAAGCAUGUUCCCUGGUACAGAUAUUUUAGCUACAUCAAACGAUAUAUUUGAUGUUCCACCUGCCCAGGAUAAUAUCUCGACACCAAGAUUUUCCGCGGGCAUGCCCUACAACACAGACAUGAGCAAUCCAUUUUUGAAUCAGAUCCCACUUCCUGAGUCUGCUCAGCUCAGCUGGGAGGAAUGGGAUCAAGUCAUGCGUGAUUUCCAGAUGGAUGUUGAAAAUGACGAUUCUCAGCCAAUCGACGGAACUAAAGUUACCGAAUGGUUUACUUAA